AUGGCUUCCAACAAAGACUAUUUUAUGCAAUUUGUAGUUGCUGCAGGUGGGGAGCGGCGUCGGCCUAAACGUGGGGCUGCAUCUGCGUAUGCUACUCCCUCUGCCGAGGUCUUUCCUCCCACACAGGAGGAGAUGGAACAAAAGUUCGAUGAAAUGAUUGCCACAACCCGCAUGGACCGGAAAUGGGGCAGCUCCGAGCAUCUCCAGGCAUUCUGUCAGGUCUUCAAGGUUGACUUGAACGUAUACACCAUGUCAGGUGUUUCACUCUUUCGAGAUGUUAAUGCCCCCCCGAAUCAACCUCGGGAUGUUCUGCACGUGGCAUUCCAUGAUUUCAAACACUAUUCUUCAGUGAGAAAACUCAAUGGCGAGCAUGAAGGACUUCUUACCAAGUUGAAGCCUGUUCAACGGGUCAAGGAGCAAAUCAAGCCUGUUCAACGGGCCAAGGAGGAAAUCAAGCCUGUUCAACGGGUCAAGAAGGAAAUCAAGCCUGUUCAACGGGCCAAGGAGGAAAUCAAGCCUGUUCAACGGGCCAAGAAGGAAAUCAAGCCUGUUCAACGGGCCAAGGAGGAAAUCAAGCCUGUGGUCGUUCCAGACUCCAAAACAGGCACCAACAAUAAGAAAUUCACUUCAGCGGAAGAAAAGGCCGUUAAUAGUCACACCAACGAUGAUGGCCUUGCUGUUGACCUCUAUCCCCCUUGGGAUAUCAAAUCCAUCCAAGAGGGGUUGGGGGGCCGAUAUGACCGGGAGACUAUUGUAGCUAUGCUCAAGAAAUGUCGUGGAGACAUCGACCGCGCGUUUGCCGCGCUGUUAGAUGAGAAGACGGACGUCCCAUCUGACAAGAAAGCUGCUCCCGGAAUUCCAAUCAAACCAAGCUUGCAGGCAUCGCGAUCUUCUUCCCCAUUCAGUACGGGUAGCAAGCGGUCUGCAGAGGACAGUGACGAUUCCGAAGACCCUCGUCCCGCACGACGCACCCGACCUAAGAAACGUCUCGUUUCCAAUCUUACCUUGGGUGUUGGUAUCUCAUUUAGAGAUGAACACGACGAGGUUGUCUCUUUGAAUCUUCGCGUGAACUCCGACGCAGAAGAUGGUCAGGCCACAGCCCCCUCUCUUCAGGGUAACACCGCCCCGGAACAAUCGGACGUGGACGGAAAGAAAUGUCGUAGAAGUGGACGACUUUCCCGCCAGCGACCGAACUGA